UUAAUUGACGCAUGCGCCACACAUUGCAAUCAGCUGUCAGAAAGAACAUUAUCACGUAAAAAACAAAAUUAAUUGUGUCUUCAGAUAAUUCCCGUCAAUAUGGCGGGUCAAAAUCCAGGUUCGCCUACCGAUUUUCAAUAUUUUUACGAGGAUGAAGUGUACAAAAUCAAUAACCGUGGCCAAGUCGUCUUCGGUCUGGUGUUGGAGAAUUAUGAAGCAAACUCAAGCGACCAAGAGAGCGACAUCGAAACACCCAUACAAAAAGGCGAAAUUCGUGUUGUCUGGCACCCUUCGGGUACCGAACGUGUUAUUUCGGAAAAAUCGGUUGGUUUAGCCGAUCGCUCGUUGAUGCCAGGAGAUGUUGUCCGUCGCCUUAUAGCCGGGCGGGACACGCAGCGGGGUUAUUGCAGGGAUAUAGUGAUGACAGCGGCGCUCCAGAUAGUCGGCACCAAGCACGUCAUACCCAACGUGGCCAGCGAGAGGCUCCAGCCAUUGGAGGAAUUCACUCCAGACCUGGCUGUCUGUCUUGAUUCCUGGGUCGGAUCGUCAAAGUCGGUUCACAGUAAACUGCGUCUAGUGUCAUCGGAUGGGUCUCGGUUGGAAUAUCCAGAUCUGGACACGUGUCCAUUGGAGGACUACUCGAUGAGACGUCGACGUGCAACGCCGUACUCCUCGUCGGAGUUUUACCCGGGGCAGGUGGUGUACGGGCCACUGGGAGCCCUCGACACCGCCAACUGGCUGAACAUGACCAAGGAAAUGAAGGCAGCCAGGAAACAUAAGAUGCAUGACCAUAAGUUCACAGUGGAGGCUGUUGUUACUGAGAGUGUCAGCGUUCAUUGGCAGUGUAGAGCUCUCUGCACUCUACCUGACGCAGCAACUCCUCAACAACCUAAAUUCCUGGUGGAAGGUGAAGAUCUGAAGAGACUCAAAUUGCUCAACGUAUUCGAACCCUGUACACUGCAGGUCGGUGAUAGAAACUUCCUAACAAUCGGUCCAGAGGACACAUUCAUCAGCAAGAAACAGUGGAGGAAACAGCAGAGUAAAUACACAUUAUAUCAAAAAAUGAUGGAAAAUUCUAGAACAUUUUAUUAUAGUUGUAUUUUGUUUCCAGGUAAGUUCUAUAGGAAUCUCCGUAAACAGACUAGACCAGUGAAGAAACCGUCUAAGACUGAUGCCAAUUCAACUGAACACGUGCCGUCGCGGCCUAAAAAGCGAGCCUCAUCACAGAGGAAACUCAAAACUAUUGAUAAUGAUAUGGAUGUAGACGGCGGUAAUGAGAAGUUGGAAUCUCUUGAUGAAGCUUUAAAAGCUGAUUCAAACUGUCCCAGUAUUAAAAUAGAUCCUAGUGGAGAUGUCGCGUUACCAGUAGUUAGUAGCAUAGAUGAUACUGUCACUGAAGAGAAAAACGAUUCCGGUAUAAGUCCAGAGCCUCAAGAGGGGCGAAGGCCUGCUGGUUUGAAUGGAGCCCCGCCAGACCAGGACGAUGAUUCAGAUAACUGGGAGAACACCAGCAGCGAUGGCAGUGAUACAGACAGCGGCGCCACGUGGUCGUCUCGCUGUUCGUCCGCGGCGUCCGGUUCGGUCCGCGGGGCGAGGUCCCCGCAGCUGGCUGUCCGCUUACUACGAGGCAAGAGACUGAAGCGUGCGGUCCGUAGGGCUCCGCCCGCGCCGCCCCCACGACGGACGGAUAGGGUCGUCGUGGAGACGCUACACACCACCAGCAGGGCUAACGUCGUUUGGCAGGACGGUACAAUUGAAAUGGGUAUACCCUCGACACAGUUGUAUCCUAUCCAUCACCUGGAUGGUCAGGAAUGUUUCCCAGGAGACUUCGUCAUCAACGGCGCCGCUAGUGUAGAGGAAACUCAACAGCUGAAGCAUAGAGAAUACGGCGUGGUGCAGCGAGUAGAUCAUCAUGGGCGGACUGCCAUUGUACACUGGUAUAGGACAUACACCAGCGUAGACGAACCAGUGCCACAGAUGUUGUUUGAGAGUGAGAUGAGUGUAUACGAUCUCAAGGAUCACCCUGAUUUCCAAUAUCGUCCGGGAACUGUGGUCAUUAGAGUCGCCAACUUCACUGGCGAAGACGCCAACUGCACCGCGGGACAGGUGUUGUCCCAGGUUAUAGACAAUUUUCCAACUGGCCGUGUUAAAGUGUGGUGGGUUGAUGGACACACCAGUAUGUGCUGGCCACAGGAUUUAUACAAGGUCGGUGAAUAUGACUCUGAAGACGGCGAGCUGUGGGGCUCCGAGGGCACUGUGUCCGAGGAUUCGUGGGAAACACAGAGUUCUGCUCACGAGUUGGACCCACGUACACCUGACGCGCCUGUAGCCGCACCACCGGCCACUGCACCGACCUGGUCCGCACCUGCAUCAGGUACAGCGGUGGCAACUCCUAGCGAGGAGGCUGGUCCUUUGCCGAAGCUGUUGGAGCCUCGCGUGGCGGCGCACAUCGAGAGAGGACGAGUGGCUAUGAGGAAACUAGAAGAGAUCUUCGCUAAACAACCAACACUACAGAGCCAGGAGAUUAUGCGCAAGCUACUGAAUCUCUAUAAGGACUGCCGGUUCCUUGACAGAUUGAUGGGCACCACCUUCUUCCAUGAAGAUCACUUUUUGGGUCUAUUGGAGCGGGUCCGCGAGCGUGGGGCAAGCACCCCUCGUGCUGGAGAGCGUCGUGUCCACGAACAGCUAGCUCGUCUGUUCAGCACCGAGCCCGCCGCUGACUUGGAACACGAUGAGGAUAUGAAGAUGGAAGACCGCACUCUCAGACCCAUCGUAGCAGCUAAUGUCACCGUGGAACCCAUGGAGACAGAAUUCUCAUCGCCAAAGAAGCCGCUGAAUCUGAACAUUGAACAGUCAGCGUCUUGUUCUGAUACUAACGUCGCUGAAGGUCCCAUUGAAAACUCUGCUGAAACAGAAGGCGAAGUUGUGUAUAGCGGUUCCCGCAACGUUUGCUACAAGCUGUGCGCUCUCAUACACCGACAGCUGGUCAAGGCGCACGCCGAAGUCAACCGGAGAAGGCCGCAAGAGUUGGCCGAAUUCCUUAACAGCUUAAUGAAAAAGCAAAAAGGGGGCGGGGAGAAGUUACCCUACCACUUUUCAGUUCAAUACGAAGCCCUGGUGGUGUCGAUGGUCGAUCAGGCUGAGAAGGCGGAGGAGAAAGCAUCCACUCAUGAGGUCAAGGAACCCGUCGCCGACACGCCCAAGAUGGAAACUGCUGGUCCAGAAGCGCCUCUAGCGUGUGCUGAAGGGGAGGGGGAGGGCGGUGUAGGGGGCGAGGGGUUCAGCGUGUUGGAGUCAGCCCCCGCCGCACACAGAUUCAGACUGUCCAUGUUACAACCCUCGGAGCCGAGGAGCUUUUACUCCGCUGUGAAGAGAGAGAUCAAGCUGUUGAAGAGCGAUCUACCACCAGGGGUGUGGGUUCGUGGCUACGAGGACCGUAUAGACCUUAUAUCUGUGAUGAUAGCCGGCCCGGCCCGCACGCCCUACGAGGGCGGCCUAUUUGUGUUCGACGUUCAGCUCGGCGGGGAGUACCCUAGGGCUCCGCCCCUGUGUCACUACCACUCAUACUGCUCUGACAGACUCAACCCUAAUCUGUAUGAGGAUGGAAAGGUGUGUGUAUCUCUCCUGGGGACCUGGUCGGGUCGCGGAGUCGAGGUCUGGGGGAAAGAUAGUUCCUUGCUGCAGGUUAUCGUGUCCCUGCAGGGGCUCAUACUGAACGCAGAGCCCUACUUUAAUGAAGCCGGUUACGAAAAACAGAAAGGCACCCAGCAGGGUGAGGAGAACUCGCGUAUGUACAACGAGAUGGUGCUGUUAAAAUUGGUGCAGUCGAUGACUAAGAUGGUUAUGAACCCGCCGGAGCCGUUCCGCGAAGAGAUCCUGCAGCACCUGCGUGCGUCCGCUGCAAGUCUCUGCCGUCGACUGGAGGGGCUGGUUUCUCUGUCCAACGGCCAGCCGUGCGACCUCCCUCCCCCCGACUACCCCCUCAUCCCCGCCUCCCGCGGCUUCUGCCUCACCCUCCGCUCCUCGCUGGAGUCCUUCCGCAACGCGCUCCGUAAGAACGACAUCACAGUCCCCCCCACCACGUUAUAGCAAACCCCCCUACCAUGACAGUAGUUAUUAAAUUCCAUAUAAACUUCACAUUCAACACAGUAACCGUAUUCUAUGUGUCGCUGCAGUACUCUUAGUCAUAGUAUUUAUUGUUAUGUAUUCCCGAGCCCCGAGGUCACGUUAGAUUCCUGCCAGUCACAGGUUCAAGGCUUAUUAUUACUUACUCGAUUAUAAAAUUGAUCGUUCGAUAGUUAAUCGACAUUUCCAUGGUUCUGCGUGUGUUUAGAAUUUGUUAUUCAUAUUUGUUAUUCAAUAUGAAGCCAACCGGUUCUCGGCCAGAUCUAUUAUUUAUUGUAUGAAAUUGUAAUUUGUAUGUUCGAUCCGUGCGAAUAUUUAUUGAAAUUAUAGAGAAUUAUAUUUUUAUUUUAUUAUUAUUAUUUUUUUUUUUAAAGUAAAGCAUUACUUUGAUACGUCACCCGUUAAUGUUCAGGUUACGCGUACUUAUCGAAAAUUAUCGACGCCUCGAUGCGAUUUUUUUUAACGAUCGGUAAUUUUGUAUAACUCUGUGUGAUAAAGACGGCGUGCGCUAGAACUCCGUGAACCGAGCGUUUGCGCUCCGCGUGUGUAUGAUGGUGUGUGCGUUAUAAACGGAUUUUAUUGUUGUGUGUGUCAACAUUGUGUGGCUAUGCUAUGAUAUGAUAUGAUACAUUCACAUAUUUUUAUGGUUAUUAUAAUUUUUAUUUUUUGUUUUGUUUUGUUUUCUCCUUUUUUUUUUUAAAUAUAAUAAUACGUAAUGAAAGAUAUGAAUUUAAAUUAAUCGAAUGUGAAAUGUUAGCCGAUGGAACGAGACACUUAGAUCGUAAUGAUACCAAGCGUUACCUAUGUUUUUUUUUAUUACAUUUAUCUAAAUGGAUGUGUAUGUGUAAGCAUUAUCAGUGUAACAUUAAAUUUAAUAGAUGAUCUGUUGUUGUUGUAAUUCAUAUGUAGCAUUUGUCGAAAUUGAUAUUAUUUAUUUGCAAAUUAUAGGGAUAUAAUUUUAUCAUUAGUGCUUAUAGGAGUACCUUCGGUGAGUGACGCUGAUACUUGCACAAAUACGAUGUAACUUCAUGCCAAAGUCAAUUGAGCUAUUAAAAGCUUACCUGUCGCUCGUGUACGCGAUAAGUGACAACCUAAUGUAAUGAUGGUAAUUAAUAAAUUCUUCAACCUUA